CACCUACAGGAUAACCCCAAAAUCCCAUAUUCACUUUAGGUUUCCCAUCAGCUCUUGAUUGGAUACUGGCAAAGCCACCUUGGUCACCAUAGUGCUUUGUGACAUCAUCUCUGACCUGAAUACCUACAGAAUCCCAUGGUGUUCAUAAGCUCUGAAAGCUGUACACCUAUUACAUGGACAUCUUCAUACUGUCCAGAUAGGUACCAAAGCUGGGCAUACAACAUCUCCCUGCAAACCUACAAAAACUCCUGGUUAGAAUCAACAUGGAGCUCAUCUUCCACGAGAAACAAGAAGGAUCCCUCUGCGCCCAGCACUGCUUGAAUAAUCUAUUUCAAGGAGAAUAUUUUAGCCCUGUGGAAUUAGCCUCAAUUGCACAUCAGCUUGAUGAAGAAGAGAGGAUGAGAAUGGCAGAAGGAGGAGUCACCAGUGAAGACUAUCGCGCAUUUUUACAACAGCCUUCAGGAAACAUGGAUGACACAGGUUUCUUUUCUAUUCAGUGGUUUAACUUAGAUUCUCUCUUGGAGGGUCCAGAAUUAAUAUCAGAUACAUACCUGGCACUAUUCCUGAGAAAACUACAAAAGGAAGGCUACUCUGUAUUUGUUGUUAAGGGUGAUCUGCCAGACUGUGAAGCUGACCAACUCCUGCAGACCAUCAGGGUCAAACAAAGAGAUCUACCAAAACUUACUGAAAGAAAACUACCACUAGAAAGACAACAAAGAGACCAUAAAACAGCCCUUGAAAAAGUGUCGGAAGAAACUGAUGAAUCUGACCUAUCAGACGAAGAUGAGGAUUUUCAGAGGGCUCUAGCACUGAGUCAUCAAGCAAGCAAGAGAGAAGAUCAAGAUCUCCACAGCGCUAUUGAGUUAAGCAUGCAAGGUACUUCCAGAAACACAUCGCAAGAUCUUCCACAGACAUCGUGUGUAACUCCUGCUUUGGAAGAGCUAAAGAAAAUAAAAGACUAUUUUGAAAAGGACGAGCAAGAACAACAGCAGAGGAAACAAAAGUCAGAUUCACCAGGUCACAGUUCAUGUCUACGUGAAACGCCAACAACAAGUCUGAGAGGAACUGACAGUGAACUCAGUGAUGACAGCAAUGAAGACAUGCUCCAGGCUGCUGUCGACAUGGUUUUAGAUGCUGUUAGAAAUAAUUUGAAAAUCGAUGGAGAACAGUAA